AUGCCUUCGGUCAUACUGCUCAUAUUUGUGGUGCAGCUAUUGCUGAACCUGAUCAGCUCGAUCGGCGCCCAGGCCGUCAACGAUAUAGCCUGGUGGUUUUUCACACUCUUGCCCAGCAAGCAAGCGAAACAAGACAAGGAAAAUGCGAAGCUCAAGAGAGAGGUUGUCAAACUGAAGCGGGAGCUAAACGCAGUAUCUGCGCAAGACGACUUCGCGAAAUGGGCUAGGCUGAGGAGGCAACAUGACAAGGCGAAGGAGAAGUAUGAGAAAGAAUCUCGCGACCAGCAGGCCUUCCGCUCCACCUUCGACAGCAUUGUCUCCAAGCUUCGCUGGCUAGGAACUCAGGGCUUCAACUUCUUCCUCAACAGCUGGUAUGCGAAGCAACCUAUGUUCUGGCUACCGACGGGAUGGGUACCGUACCACGCUGAGUGGCUGCUUUCCUUCCCGCGAGCACCUUUAGGAAGCAUCAGCGUCAAUGUCUGGGCAAUUGCAUGUGGCAGCGUUAUCGGUAUGGUUAGCGAAGGCAUCAUUGCGCUUUGGACACUGCAGCAGGGAAAAGUUCAGACUGGUGCGAAUGAAGGGGAAAAGGUCAAGAUGGCUCCUAUAAGUGCCUCUACGUCAGAAGGGAGCAAGAAAGAGCUUUGA